AGGACAACCUCGUAACGAGCAAGAAGAAACCAAGUAUCCCGAAUCUUGAAACAAACCAUUUCACUGAAACUCACUCGGCAGUUUCACCUCUACAUCCACGCAGUUGAGCUUUCAUUUCCACGAAGAUGUACAGGUCGUCGAGCUGGAACAGAGUGACGGACGAUGACUACAUGCAUGCGCCGCCGAUGGCGUCGACGAUCCUGAGGAUGGGAUCGUUCCAGGGCGACGAGCUGCCCGCUUACGACCCGGUGUCGGAGAUGACGAGGAAGGAGAAAACAAGGAACAAGCUCGCCGAGAACGGCGUCCACAUAAUACCUAUCGUAUUGCUGGUGUGCGCGGCCAUUCUCUGGUUCUUUUCCAAUCCUGAAGCAGUGAAUGUGGGAAGUAGAGGGGACUCGAUAGCGGCAAGCAUCGAAGGGUUGACGAUCGAAGGAGACAUCGACGCGGAGAUUGAUGGGACCCAAUCUGGGCUUUUGCCAUUGCUCGAUCUGGGUGAUGAAGACUCGUCGACCUCGACCACGACUUCGACCUCAAGGCGUGCACAAGAUCGCGUUCACCACCGCGACAAGCGUUCCAGGAAAUCCCACCACUGAGUCAUGGGUCGUGUUCCCCUAGAAUUGUUGCAAAGGUUCAGUUCGGCGGUAAUGGUAUAAUAAAGUCUGGUUCAAGAAGAAGUCGUGUUAAAUCGUGCAAAAGUGCUGGUGUUGAUGUUGCGAUGUCUGUGUGGACGUGAGUUUGUACAUUUUAUGGAAGAGAGAUCCUCGCUAUUCGUACGAUUGGGACUUGUUUGAACAUGGUCUUAAUCCAUAGAGAUAGUGAUGGUUAAACUAUAAGCCUUAACAAGGUUGAUGAAUUUAAAGCAAUUUUCUUUCUCAA